AGAAAAACGGUUUUCAGAAGAGAGGGAGAGGGCCUAGCGGUUACCAUUAAAACCCUGGCCCCUGUUCCUUGCGGUUUUGGGCUUCGUGUUACAGUCACCUAUCCCGCUGCCGACAACAGACAGAGAGGCCAUUCUCUAUAAAUAGAGGCCCUGAACCUUUCUGGCCUUUCCCAUUUGUUACUGCUUAUAAAACCCCUCUGUUUCUUCAAAAGACAAUCGGGAUUGUUUCUGUGAUCCGGUUUUCCCCAUACUGGUGUUCUUGCCAAAAUGGUGGGAGAAAUAGUUGUGGUUCUUGUGACUCUGUUUAUUACAGGUACGCAUUCGGCCUCAUUCACGAUAACAAACAACUGCAAAUACACAAUAUGGCCCGGAAUCCUCUCCAACGCCGGGUCCUCUCCUCUCUCCUCAACGGUUUCUCUCUCCAACCAUCUUCCUCUCUCUCUCUUAACGCCCCCUCCACAUGGUCGGGUCGCAUGUGGGCCCGGACCCUCUGCACCACCGACUCAACCACCGCGAACAACUUCACAUGCCAAACGGGUGACUGUGGUUCAAAUAAGAUUGAAUGCUUAGGUGGUGGCGCGGCUCCACCAGCUACUUUAGCUGAGUUCACAAUACAAAGCGGUGGUCUCGAUUUUUAUGAUGUGAGCUUAGUGGAUGGAUAUAAUUUGCCUAUGCUCAUUUCCAUUCAAGGGGGGAGUGGAAAUUGUAGUACAACGGGCUGUUUGGUGGACCUCAAUGAGGUGUGUCCUAGCGAUUUGAGGGUGCAGGGUUUGGAUGGGAAGGAGAGUGUGGCCUGUAAAAGUGCUUGUGAGGCUUUUGGUAGUCCACAGUAUUGUUGUAGUGGGGCGUAUGGUAAUCCAAACACUUGCAAGCCUACAUCGUACUCUCAGUUCUUCAAGAAUGCUUGUCCUAGGGCGUAUAGUUAUGCCUACGAUGAUGCGACGAGCACGUUUACGUGCUCUGGUGCGGACUACGUGAUCACGUUUUGCCCUUCCAUUCCAAAUCAAAAGUCUCAAGGUGGAGGUGACCAUCCAGAAGCUGUGCUCCCCCCUCUCAUCAAUGACACAAUGAUCUUUACCGGCAAUCCACAAGACUAUAGCAAGGCCACCCCAAAGCAAACAACGCAUAUGGCUACUUUGAUUGCCUUGACCCUGGGCCUCUCUCUAUGGUGGCUAUCUUGAGAGCUUCUAUAUAUUUAGAGGCGAUACUAUCAACCUCUAUGCUCUCCUCUUUACAAAAUAGCGACGCAUUCGAUAACUCGGCCGAGUAGCUCGGCUCAGGACUGGGCAGAUUACUCGCCUGAGUCGAGCUUUCGAACACUGAUAUAGUCUAUAUAUAUACGUUUCCUCUUAAUAAUAUAGCAACGUGAUCGAAAACUCGGCCGAGAAGCAUGGCUCAGGACCGGGUCGGGUACUCGGCCCAAGUUGAGCUUUAAAACACAUAUAGCCUAUAGAGCUCUCCAACCCAUGAUAUACAUUUAGGGGUGGGGGGCCAUAUUUAGCAUAUAGGUUUGGCCCACAUAGACAACACCCAUGACUAACUUGGGUCUCAAUAUUAAAUGAAAACUGUGCGCAUUAUGUAGGGACCAAGGUUGGUUGUUGGUUUUAUAGGUGACGGUAGGAUGAGUUGGAGGGUUUGAUUCUUUUUGGCCGGCUUUUGGGUAUGAUUUGUUAGGGGGAUUUAUCAUGCUUUCGCUGUGGCGAUGGGUCCAAGAAAAUUAGAGACAUAAUUUGGUGCUUGAGAUUGGUUUUAGUUUAUGAAUGUUUACCAAUUAUUUAAUCUCCAUGCACACGUAUGCAUGCCUAUUAAUGCCAAAGGAGUUGAAUUUCUUUAUUUUUC